AAGGGCCUGCUUUACCUGUCGUACGCUCAGGUCGAUCUGGAUCUGUUCGCCGGUCUUGUGUCAGUCUUGCCCGUCGGUCUAUCUAAUCUUGACUAAACCGGAGGAUCCCUCUGAUUGGCUGCAGAGAAAGCGAGCUCUCUCCAGCCCACCCACCGCUGAUUAUAGGGACUCUUGCAGUCCCUCUUCCCUUCCUUGCAUUAGAGUCUGGGACCUGGCCACUGGGGCUGCACGGCACACACACAGAGCGCGCAUCAUGGCAGCUACCCACAGCGACUACAGAGGCUACCUGCGGAACACCGUCGACAUCGAGGCAGGGCAGCACCGCUUCCACCCGGUGCAGAGCUCGGAGCCCACUUACCGGCCGCUCCUAUUCGGAACCCUCGCUGUUAUGGGAUUGCUUCAGGUGGCUUCCAGCGUGGCGAUCUUAUUACACCUGACAGGUUAUCUGCAAGAGGUACAUUUGUCCACGGCCCCACAUCGGCCCAUAGAGGAAGUCCAGACGGAGCCUGUGCUGAACGCGCUGAGAGACACGAAGAAAAGAGGACGGUGCAAAACUCCAAAAGAGAGCAUGGCAUCAGCUCAUCUACCAAUCAUUCAAGAGCACCAGGAGUACUCUAAGAAGGGUGAGCAGAAGGCCACCACCAUUGACUGGGACGAGGUGCAUGGAUACUGCCACAAAAUGGGCUACCAGAAGGGGAAACUGCUGGUGAUGGAGUCGGGUUUCUACUAUAUCUACGCCAAGACCUGCUUCCGCUACUACCUUCCCAUGCCUUUAGAGGACAGCAGCAGCCAGGCCGGGGUCACGCCGGUGGAUAUUAGCAACACCCAGCUCAUCCAGUAUGUCUACCAUGAGAGCAUCAAACAGAACAGCAAGUCGGUGAUGCUGAUGAAGACGGGCAGCACCAUGCGCUGGAACAGCACCAGCUAUAACAUGUACUGCGCCCAGCAGGGCCGAGGCGUCUGGCUGGAGGAGGGAGACGCCUUGUACGUCAAUGUGUCCAAUGCUUGGAUGCUGGACCUGGAGAGAGAAGGGACGUAUUUUGGGGCCAUAAAGUUGGGUAACUGAGAAAUUAAAACACGUGGGGAGCGGACAUGCUACUGAACAUUUGAUAUGCCAAAGAACCACUGUUAGUGAUUUUAUAAUGUUAAUUUGUUCUUCUUUUUUUUUUUUUUGGUUCAUGUGUUGUUGUUGUUGUUGUUGUUGUUUUUUUUUACAUUGCUCUUCGCCGAAUAGUACGGAAGUGGAUUAGGGCCACGUGAAAAAUGCAUUUGAGUUCUGAGUUUAAAGUCAGAAUUCUGAGCUCUGACUUUAAUCUCAGAAUUCUGACUUUAAACUCAGAACUCAAAUUCAUUUUUCACAUGUGGCCCUAAUCCACUUCCGUAGAAUAGCCUUGGAAUCCUUUAUGAGAACACAUAAUGGAAAAGGUUGUCACUUUUUUAAAAAACCUUGUCUUGUGCAUCAAUAUGUUGAACUGCUUCGAAGUGCUGCAGUCGAAAGCACGUUUUGUUUUUUUCACGUGUAAAAUGAUUUCGUUUAGUUUCUGAACAAAAUUGAGACACACAGUUCUCGACUUCAUUCAAAAUAGCACUGGAGUCUUUUUUCCAAGUAUUGUGCUUGGUAUUGUGAAAUUUCAAUACAUUUCUGUUCAGAUAACAUUUAGACUUAAGCACAGACGUGUGUUUAUGCACUAAUUAAACAAACCAUGAGGGAGCAACUUAGGAAGUAAGUUUGUUGGCAAGAGUGUGCAGCGAAAGGAUUUAUCAAUGUUGGGAAAACUGUCCAAAUAAGAACAUUGUAGCUGAUAGAGCAUCUGCUUGUAUUUAGCAGAUUAUCACAGAAUAAAAAUAACACAACUCCCAGGUGUGCCUCCGAGCCACAGCAGUAAAUGCAAAAAUGUUUUCCUGGAAGGUUUUGUAAGUGUGAACAAGGCAGGCAGUGAGGCGUCCUGGCAGUAAGUAACUCAACGGUAUAAUCUGAAAUGGGCAAUUAGAUGGUGAUUUAUGUCACCGUCCAAAUCUCUUAGGCAUCAAUUCAAAACUUCUUGCUAUGAAAGAUACACUUUGACUCUGACACAAGACACGCAGUUUAAAAAAA